UCCCCCGGCAUCCCCCGUCCUUCCCCCCAGCCCGGGGGUGCCUGGAUGCGGCUGCCGGGGCCGGAGCGGCGGGGCAGGGCACCGCGCUGAGGGGACACCCGCGCUCAGGUCCUCGGCACAAGCUGGUGUUUCAGGAUGGACCCGCUCUUCCCUGCCCAUAUUUUGGAAGAUCCUGACUUGAGAAAGCUGCUGAACGACUCCUCCAUGCUGAACCUGAGCUUUCUCCCCAGUAACUGGUUCAACAACGGCACGGGGGACAGUUUCCUGCCCCUCAGCAUCAAGAUCACCAUCGUGGUUGUCUACUCCAUCGUGUGCAUCGUGGGGCUGGUGGGCAACUGCUCCGUCAUGUAUGUGAUCGUCAGAUUCACCAAGAUGAAGACAGCAACCAACAUCUACAUCUUUAACCUCGCUCUGGCUGAUACCCUGUGUCUGAUGACCUUACCCUUCCAGGGUACAGACACAUUCCUGGGCUUCUGGCCCUUUGGCAAUGUCCUCUGCAAGAUUGCCAUCUCCAUAGACUACUACAACAUGUUCACAAGCACCUUCACCCUGACGAUGAUGAGUGUGGAUCGCUACAUCGCCAUCUGCCACCCCAUCAAAGCCCUGGACAUCCGCACUCCCCACAAGGCCAAGGUGGUGAACGUCUGCAUCUGGGCCCUGGCUUCUGUCUUUGGCAUCCCAGCCAUGGUGAUGGGAUCUGCAGAGAAUGAGAACAAUGAAAUUGAUUGUCUGAUUAAACUCCCCUCGCCCGUGGAUUACUGGGAUCCGGUGUUUGGCAUCUGUGUCUUUCUCUUCUCCUUUAUGAUCCCCGUGCUGAUCAUCACCAUUUGCUACAGUCUCAUGAUCAGAAGACUCAAGAAUGUCCGCGUCCUCUCGGGCUCCAAGGAGAAGGACAGAAACCUGAGGCGCAUCACCCGAAUGGUCCUGGUGGUGGUGGCCGUCUUCAUCAUCUGCUGGACCCCCAUCCAGAUUUUCGUGCUGGUCCAGUGCUUGGGUGCCAAGGCAGAAAGUGAGCUCGAGUUGGCCAUCUCCUGCUUUUGCACGGCGCUGGGCUAUGCCAACAGCAGCCUGAACCCCGUGCUCUACGCCUUCUUAGAUGAGAACUUCAAGGCGUGCUUCAAGAAGUUCUGCUUCCCCACCGCCUUCAGAACCGAGCUCCAGAUGUCCAACAGGAUGUGCAGCAUCGCCAAGGAUGUGGCCUAUGCCUGCAAGAACUCAGAGGGGACUAACAAUCCGGCCUGACUAGGCAUGGAAAUUCCCAUGGUGGCUGUCGCCCAGCAGAGUCCAACCACCCCCACGUCGGAGCUGACUCAGAUAACAGCUCUUUAGCAGGACCUCAAAACUGAGAGGUGAGGGAGCAGUUUUGGGGGUUGGGAAAACUGGAUCCUGCAAGAGCCUGCAGAAAAAGUGAGCCCAUCUGAUGCCGUUUGAAUUCCUGUGCACUCUGCACUAAGGAACCUGUUUGGGAUCAGCCCUUUGACUCCUGCAAAACCCUGGUGGUUUGCAACAGUGCUGAGACUUCAGGAAUGAAGGGUUUAAAGCAGGCAUUGCUUCUGGGACUUACACUUCUGCUGCUGGGAGACAGACAACAUGCAAAACUCUUCCAUUUCUUUUUUCCUCCCUGAGCUGUUUAAGACGGGAACAGCUUCUGUGGCUCUCCAGGCACAGGUUUUACCCCUGUGGUAUCGUUCUGAAAUUAGACUUUGCUGAAGCCAAAGUGGGCAGCAGCUGUCAGACACAAAUCCAAGAUCGUCUCCAGGAUGAGUCAUCACAAAGGGAGAGAUGUGGGGAGGGAGAGGAGGGAGCUAAAAGGAAAAUUUCCAAUGCCCUGAGCCAGGGAGCUGGAGCCUGGGGAGGACAGUGUUGGCUCCUGAGGACAGGGUCUGCAGUGAAACCCUGGAGAAGGGAGGAAGGUGGUGAGAAGGGACUGUCAAAACAAAACUGAUGAAUGUAGCUCAGAAGAGGAGGAAGAAAAGGUGGAUGAAAUGAACACCACUCCUUGUUUAAAUGCUGCUAUUGCUUUUCAUUUUUUUUAGGCCUUUAUUUCCAUUGUAAUAACGUGCAGAAUGUGUCUGUGCGUACACCUGCCUAGUGCUGUAGGUACAGCUCUGCUGCAGGACUUCAUCUUGCUGAGCAUGUCUUGGGGAUCUUCCUCAGUGAGAGGAGAGGGGAAGAAAGUGGCCUAUUUAUACAUAUAUUUAUGUCUAGGGGAGAGCCCUUUCAGAGAAGUUAGAAGGGUAGCUCCUGGAGAAGACACAGACACUUCUGGGGCAGCCUAAACCAGACCCACCUGCUCCACAGACCAGUGGUGUGCUGACCAGACAAAAGGUGGGUUCUUACAUAUAUAUAUAUAUAUAUAUAAAUUAUUAUUUUCAAAUGAAGUCAGAUCCACAAGAGCUUGGGUAAUGCUGCCAAGGUACCACCCUUCCUGCCAGUCAUAGACUGGUUUUCCUCUUUCUGGAAAAUGAAAUGCUUGGUCAUUUCAUUUGAUGAUAACACAUUCCCAAGGAGCUUAACCCCUGAGUGCCCUCUGUGCUGAUGGGGACAGCAGACUUGUGUUCUCCCUUCAGCCCCAAACCUUGGGGAACUCUGGGCUGUGGGGACCAGUGGUGCUGAUGGGGAAGCAAAGCAACCACCUCCAGUUGGAGAUGGGAGGUCAGCUCCAAAGUGGGAGCUGGCAGCAACGUCUGCACUGUACAGAUUUCACGUGAAUAUAUUUCUUGUGCUCUGGUCUAUGAGAUUCUGUAUUUUUAAGCUAUUGAUUUGCCAAUAUUUUAAUGCUGUGAUGUUCUUUAUAUAUGCUGUAUAAAAGAAUUCAGUGUUAUAUUUCUAUGUAGAAUGUUUCCCUUAUGGAUGGGCUUAAAAUACAGAUGCAAUUCCAGUGUCCCAUGUAUAGGACCCAGAUCCCUUGUAAACUGCUCGAGCUGGGAGAAUUUUCAUGCUGAUUAGCAUUUGAUUGGGAAUCUGGAGGGAUACCAGAGCAAACUUUGCAAUUAGCACUUCCCCUGAAUUGUGUAGGGGGAGGAGGAAAUUUGGGCACUUUAAGCACUUUGCAACGGAUAUUUAUCCCCAAGCACUCACCAGGAAAUCUCGUACAACCCUUGAGCAUGCCAAGAAGAACUCCCUGAGACCCACCCUGCUGGCAAGCUGCAUCCAGGCACUGGGAGAGAGGAGGCUGGGGAUGCAACAAUAAUGUGGGUCAGUGAAGAACCUUCUCAGCCCCUCGGCUGUCCUAGGGUCAGGCAGGGUGCUGGGUGGUCCAGUGGGAGCUGGGAAGUGACUCCUGGGCUUUUCUUGCAGUGCCAUUAGGGGCUGGCUAAGGAGCAGCCAGCUUCCCUUUGGAGUUCUUGGUUGGGGUUUUUAAGUAGAUUUUGUCCUCUGAAAAAAUAAUAUACCAGUGUCUGGCAUUUUUUAAAGUAAGGAUUUUGCUAUAAUGACUAUGCUGCAACCAUCUUACAGAACCAAGUACUCAAUAGAUGUGUGUUUACUAAGCUUUUGGGUCAUUCUGUGGCCCUUGCAGUGGGCGUGUUUAGGCAUUCUGUCCAAUGCUCUGUGGAGUUUGUUGUAAGAAGAGCAAGAAAAACCUGAAAGCAGAAGCUUUAUUGUACUGUGCCUCUAGAGUGAAAGGCUCGUGGCUGGCUGAUGUGCAGGCUGUUUAAUUCCCUUCUGAAAUGGUUACGUUGGGAUGAUUUCACAAUUACAGAGUGGCUACUUGUGUGCUUUAAUAAAGGAAAAUAAAAC